ACGAAGGAUGUCAAGUGAGAUUUCUUCUUCUUAUCCCGUGAUUGCAAGCAUGCAUUAGCAUCAUCUUGUCAACUGCCUGUUAGAGAGAGAGAGAGAGAGAGAGAGAGAGUUGGAAGAGGAGACCGGUGUACGUCGUCAUGGGGAGAGGGAGGGUGGAGCUGAAGAGGAUAGAGAACAAGAUCAACAGGCAGGUGACGUUCGCGAAGCGGCGGAAUGGCCUGCUGAAGAAGGCCUACGAGCUGUCCAUCCUGUGCGACGCCGAGGUGGGGGUCAUCAUCUUCUCCAGCCGCGGCAGGCUCUUCGAGUUCUGCAGCAGCUCCAGCUUGCUCAAAACAAUUGAAAGGUACCAUAGGUGCAGCUACAAUGCAUCAGAAGCCAUGGUUUCAUCAAAUGAGACACAGAAUACUUAUCAGGACUACUUGAAGCUGAAAGCUCGAGUCGAGUAUCUACAACAUUCUCAGAAAAACCUGCUUGGUGAAGAUUUAGAUGACCUAAAUACUAAAGAGCUUGAUCAACUUGAGGAACAGAUAGAGAUGUCUCUAAGGCACAUCAGAUCAACAAAGACCCAAGUAAUUAUCGAUCAGCUUUCGGAUCUCAAGCAUAAGGAACACAUGUUGCUGGAAUCCAACAAAACUUUAAGAAGAAAGUUGCAAGAAGUUAGUUCCGAGAAUUUGCUGCAACUGUCGUCGCAAAUCGGUGCCAGCAACACUGUCAAUGUGCCUCCUCGACCCGAACAGUUCUUUCAGCCUCUGGCGUGUGAUCCUUCACUGCAAAUCAGAUUCAAUCCAGCCUCUGCAGAUCCAUCGCACAGUCAAGCCAUGGCACAGAAUGUCAAUGGAUUCAUCACAGGAUGGAUAUGAAAAAUCCAUGAUUCCAGUGCUACUUCUAUAUAUCUAUAUAUUCAUUGUCUUUGCCUAUCCCCCUCCAGACCAUUUUCUCCAAUCAUCUGGUCUGAUCUCAAAGAAUAAAGAGGACAACAAAGAUAAGGUCUUUAUGUGUGUUGUAUGAUUAGCUUGUUGACAAAGCCAUGUAAAUUUUAUAUGUGGGAUGCAAUCAAAUAAUUGUUGCAUGCAGACUAAUAAGUUUCUAUGCACUUUUCUGAAGCUCUAUAUUCUCAGCUGAAGAAGAAACAAGAUGUUGUGAUUCAACAUUGUGACCAUAUUACC